AUGCGCACUCUCACGCGCACACUCACGCCCUCACUCAUGCGCUCUCUCACGCGCUCUCUCACGCACACUCUCACGCGCACUCUCACGUGCACUCUCACGCGCUCUCUAACGCGCACUCUCACGCAUCCCCCAUGCGCAUUCUCACGCACUCUCUCAUGCACUCUCUCACGCGCUCUCUCCCGCGCCUCUAACGCACUCUCGCACGCGCUCCCUCACACGCUCUCUCACGCACACUCACGCACACUCACGCGCUCUCUCACGCGCUCUCUCACACGCACUCUCACGCGCUUUCUCGCACACACCCUCACGCGCUCUCUAACGUGCACUCCCACGCGUCUCCCAUGCGCACUCUCACGCGCACUCUCACGCACUCUCUCACGCGCUCUCUCACGCGCUCUCUCAUGCGCUCUCUCACACGCUCUCUCACGUGCCUCUCACGCGCACUCGCACGCGCACACUCACGCGCUCUCGCACGCGCUCUCUCACGCGCUCUCUCACGCGCUCUCUCAAGCGCUCCCUCACGCGCUCUUGCACGCGCUCUCUCACGCGCUCUCUCACACGCUCACUCAAGCACUCCCUCACGCGCACUCUCAUACACACUCUCACGCGCUUUCUCGCGCGCUCUUUCACGCGCUCUCUCAAGCGCUCCCUCACGCGCUCCCUCACGCGCUCCCUCAUGCAAUCUCUCACGCGCUCCCUCACGCGCUCUCUCAUGCGCUCUCUCACGCGCACUCUCACGCGCACACUCACGCCCUCACUCACGCGCGCUCUCACGCGCUCUCUCACGCGCUCUCUCACGCGCUCUCUCACGCGCUCUCUCACGCGCCCUCUCAUGCGCUCUCUCACGCGCUCUCUCACGCGCCCUCUCACGCGCCCUCUCACGCGCUCUCUCACGCGCUCUCUCACGCGCACUCUCACGCGCACACUCUCGCGCUCUCGCACGCCCUCUCUCACACGCUCUCGCACGCGCUCUCUCACUCGCUCUCUCAAGCGCUCCUUCACUCGCUCCCUUACGCGCUCCCUCACGCGCUCUCUCAUGCGCUCUCUCACACGCUCUCUCAAGCGCUCCCUCACGCACUCCCUCACGCACUCCCUCACGCAAUCUCUCACGCGCUCCCUCACGCGCUCUCUCACGCGCACUCUCACGCGCACACUCACGCCCUCACUCACGCGCACACUCACGCGCUCUCUCACGCACUCUCUCACGCGCUCUCUCACGCGCUCUCUCACGCGCUCUCUCAAGCGCUCCCUCACGCGCUCCCUCACGCGCUCCCUCACGCGCUCUCUCAUGCGCUCUCUCACGCGCUCUCUCACGCGCUCUCUCAAGCGCUCCCUCACGCGCUCUUGCACGCGCUCUUGCACGCGCUCUCUCACACGCUCUCUCAAGCACUCCCUCACGCGCACUCUCAUACACACUCUCACGCGCUUUCUCACGCGCUCUUUCACGCGCUCUCUCAAGCGCUCCCUCACGCACUCCCUCACGCGCUCCCUCAUGCAAUCUCUCAAGCGCUCCCUCACGCUCUCUCUCAUGCGCUCUCUCACGCGCACUCUCACGCGCACACUCACGCCCUCACUCACGCGCGCUCUCACGCGCUCUCUCACGCGCUCUCUCACACGCUCUCUCACGCGCUCUCUCACGCGCUCUCUCACGCGCCCUCUCAUGCGCUCUCUCACGCGCUCUCUCACGCGCCCUCUCACGCGCCCUCUCCCGCGCUCUCUCACGCGCUCUCUCACGCGCACUCUCACGCGCACACUCUCGCGCUCUCGCACGCCCUCUCUCACACGCUCUCGCACGCGCUCUCUCACUCGCUCUCUCAAGCGCUCCUUCACUCGCUCCCUUACGCGCUCCCUCACGCGCUCUCUCAUGCGCUCUCUCACACGCUCUCUCAAGCGCUCCCUCACGCGCUCCCUCACGCACUCCCUCACGCAAUCUCUCACGCGCUCCCUCACGCGCUCUCUCACGCGCACUCUCACGCGCACACUCACGCCCUCACUCACUCGCACACUCACGCGCUCUCUCACGCGCUCUCUCACGCGCUCUCUCACGCGCUCUCUCAAGCGCUCCCUCACGCGCUCCCUCACGCGCUCCCUCACGCGCUCUCUCAUGCGCUCUCUCACGCGCUCUCUCACGCGCUCUCUCAAGCGCUCCCUCACGCGCUCUUGCACGCGCUCUUGCACGCGCUCUCUCACACGCUCACUCAAGCACUCCCUCACGCGCACUCUCAUACACACUCUCACGCGCUUUCUCACGCGCUCUUUCACGCGCUCUCUCAAGCGCUCCCUCACGCGCUCCCUCACGCGCUCCCUCAUGCAAUCUCUCACGCGCUCCCUCACGCGCUCUCUCAUGCGCUCUCUCACGCGCACUCUCACGCGCACACUCACGCCCUCACUCACGCGCGCUCUCACGCGCUCUCUCACGCGCUCUCUCACGCGCUCUCUCACGCGCUCUCUCACGCGCCCUCUCAUGCGCUCUCUCACGCGCUCUCUCACGCGCCCUCUCACGCGCCCUCUCACGCGCUCUCUCACGCGCUCUCUCACGCGCACUCUCACGCGCACACUCUCGCGCUGUCGCACGCCCUCUCUCACACGCUCUCGCACGCGCUCUCUCACUCGCUCUCUCAAGCACUCCUUCACUCGCUCCCUUACGCGCUCCCUCACGCGCUCUCUCAUGCGCUCUCUCACACGCUCUCUCAAGCGCUCCCUCACGCGCUCCCUCACGCAAUCUCUCACGCGCUCCCUCACGCGCUCUCUCACGCGCACUCUCACGCGCACACUCACGCCCUCACUCACGCGAACACUCACGCGCUCUCUCACGCGCUCUCUCACGCGCUCUCUCACGCGCUCUCUCAAGCGCUCCCUCACGCGCUCCCUCACGCGCUCCCUCACGCGCUCUCUCAUGCGCUCUCUCACGCGCUCUCUCACGCGCUCUCUCACGCGUUCGCUCCCGUGAACACGCUCUCCCUCUCGCUCCGUCUCUUCCCUUCUUCAAAUGAAAGCGACGACGGGGAGGGAAGGAGAGGCGACGGCGGGGAGGAGGGAGAGGCGACGGCGGAGAGGAGGGAGAGGCGACGGCGGAGAGGAGGGAGAGGCGACGGCGGAGAGGAGGGAGAGGCGACGGCGGGGAGGAGGGAGAGGCGACGGCGGGGAGGAGGGAGAGGCGACGGCGGGGAGGAGGGAGAGGCGACCGCGGGGAGGAGGGAGAGGCGACCGCGGGGAGGAGGGAGAGGCGACCGCGGGGAGGAGGGAGAGGCGACCGCGGGGAGGAGGGAGAGGCGACGGCGGGGAGGAGGGAGAGGCGGCCGCGGGGAGGAGGGAGAGGCGACCGCGGGGAGGAGGGAGAGGCGACCGCGGGGAGGAGGGAGAGGCGACGGCGGGGAGGAGGGAGAGGCGACGGCGGGGAGGAGGGAGAGGCGACCGCGGGGAGGAGGGAGAGGCGACCGCGGCUGGGAGCGAGAGAGGGGCGAUGGCGGGAUGGGAGGGAGCGGCGACGACGGGGUGAGAGGGAGAGGCGACGGGGCGGAGUAA